AGCAAAGAACCCGAAGGUGGGACGGGAGACAUGGAUGUGAAUGUCGCUCCUCUGCGCGCCUGGGACGAUUUCUUCCCAGGCUCUGACCGCUUUGCCCGGCCGGACUUCAGGGACAUUUCCAAAUGGAACAACCGUGUGGUGAGCAACCUGCUCUACUACCAGACCAACUACCUGGUGGUGGCUGCCAUGAUGAUUUCCGUUGUGGGGUUCCUGAGCCCCUUCAACAUGAUCCUUGGAGGCAUUGUGGUGGUGCUGGUGUUCACGGGCUUUGUGUGGGCAGCCCACCAUAAAGACGUCCUCCGUCGGAUGAAGAAGCAGUACCCCACAGCGUUUGUCAUGGUGGUCAUGCUAGCCAGCUACUUCCUCAUCUCCAUGUUCGGGGGAGUGAUGGUCUUUGUGUUUGGUAUCACUUUUCCCUUGCUGUUGAUGUUCAUCCAUGCGUCGCUGAGGCUCCGGAACCUCAAGAACAAACUGGAGAAUAAAAUAGAGGGAAUUGGUCUGAAGAGGACACCCAUGGGGAUUGUCCUGGAUGCCCUGGAGCAGCAGGAAGAAACCAUCACCAAGCUCACUGACUAUAUCAGUAAAGUGAAGGAGUAAACAGAGCUGACCUGGUGAUGGGGUUGCAGCAGAAAUCGAGUUGCGGCUUGCCCUUGUCCAGACCUACUUUCCGUUUGUGUUUUUGAAAUAGGAGGUGCAUGAACCAUCCUGCCAUCCGUGGCCCCAGGCACGGAGAGGCCUCCCUGUUCUUAUCUCUGCUGUCACAGAGAAAAGGCCUCCAACUAAAAGAAACCACCCUCCUGUUACAUAUGACAUCUCCAGUGUGUUUAUGUAAGCUGAUUGGAAAUGAAUCACCCUUAUUUCCUAAGGAGAAUAAAAGAAUCAUGGAGUGUACAACAACAAUAUGGUUAUUUUGUAGGAAACAGUUUGUAAAGUAUCAAGGCAAUAUGAAUAAAUGAAAAGACUGAAAGGAGAUGAUGUUAUCCUGUUUUAAUCCCCCUCUGCAUCCUCUUCCAAAAAUAUUCCUUCCUUAGGAUUAUAAUAUGUGGGGUAUCAAUUAGUUUAGCUUUUAUUAUUACUGUUUAAAAUAAAAAAUGAUCUUGAUCACUUUGCCUCAUGGUUGAUGUGCAGUGGAUAAAGCAGUUGUUUCUAUUUUGUUUACAAACAAAGCUGCUAGCUGCUUAGGAGAAUAUUUUAUCAAACUUUUUGUAAAUUUUUGAAAUGCUAUUAAUGUUUUCAUUAGAAGGCAUCUGUUGCAAACUAAAUAUCAUCUUCUUUAAGGGGGUUACAGCUUUGUAGCCUGUAUUAUUCUUGAUGAGCUUGUCAAAAAAAAAUCUGAAUAAAAUGAGUUUCUACUGCA